GGUCCUACUAGCCACUACAAAUUUUGCGCAAAAUGUUUUCGUACAAGUUCCCCUGCGGGGAUUUCCAAACCUUGACAACCAUGACUGAGGACAACUUUGUUUUCGAUCCGCCGGUGUACGAGCAACGUUACUGUGCCGCCAUCCAGAUCCUGGAGGACCCACGCUGGACGCAGCAGAUCAAGAAGGUGGUGGAGUUCGGAUGUGCGGAGAUGCGCCUUUUCCACCUAAUGCGCCGCAUCGAGACGAUAGAAACCAUUGUGCUGGUGGAUAUUGACGAGCCUUUAUUAAAAAAAACCUGCACUGCAAUCAAUCCGUUGGUCGCCGACUAUUUAAGGCAUCGUGCUGGUCCUUUGCGAGCUGAGAUCUGGCAGGGAAGCAUUGCGGAUUCUUCGGAGGAACUGCAGGACACAGAUGCAGUUAUUGCCCUGGAACUCAUUGAACACGUUUACGACGAUGUGUUGUCAAAGAUUCCAUCAAAUGUCUUUGGUUUUAUGCAGCCAAAAGUGGUCGUUUUCAGCACACCCAACUCCGACUUUAACGUGGUCUUUACCCGUUUCAAACCUCUUCUACCGAAUGGAUUCCGUCACGAGGACCACAAGUUCGAGUGGACGCGGGAGGAAUUUAAGACUUGGUGCAUGGGAAUCGUAGAGCAAUACCCAAACUAUGUGUUCUCUCUGCUGGGAGUGGGCAAUCCGCCCAAGGAUAUGGAAUCCGUGGGUCAUGUAUCGCAGAUAGCGAUAUUCGUCCGUAAAGAUAUUCUGGAAAUGCCGUUGGUGAAUCCAUUGAGUGUGCUACCAAAACCUUACACAGAGGACUCGGGUUCUUAUAAGCUAAUCCACGCCGUCGAUUAUCCUUUCUAUGUGGAUUCCAGAACCGAAAAGGAAAAGAUCUGGGAUGAAGUCCAGUGCGAACUGCAGCGUUUCAAGAGGAUUGCAAAUAGUGCUGAAAUUGAACAAGAAAUCUACACAGACAUCAUUAAAAUGCCAAUAGCACACCUCUUGGAAAGAUUACAGAUUACAGGAGCCACUGAAGAAAUACUCAAGACAGUGCUCCAGGAGAAAUCUUUGAAAAUAGAGGAUGAUUGCGUUAUAAUAGAGGACUCGGAGGAGUCAGGCGAGUCGGAGCCCUACGACUUGUCCGAUCACUUCUCCCAGGAGGCUGUAUUAUCUGAUCGAGAUGAAGAAGAGGAGUGGGACUUGGCAAACAAUUAAUUAAAGUUAAGAUUACUUUUUUCUAAACUUAGUUUAUUAAUUUUUAAGUGCAUCGUGUCGUUCUUUUGUUGUUGAUACUUUGAUCUCGAUGGUUUUGCAAUUUUCGAAGACAUUUCCUGAGAUUUUUUGACCGGGACAAUUAACAUUAAAGACUUAACUGCCUUUAACUCGUGUCAUUAGGCACACAAUGAAUGACUUUUCGAAUAAACCAACCACUGCUCAUGUUUAGUUUACU